AUGAACCAAAUUCAAAAAGAACUUGGAACAACUAGAAAAGAAAAAGGGAAAUUAGUAGGCCAAGAUUUUGAUGAAGAGCAUAAUAGGUUAGAGGAAAAGAUCGAUGAAAAAUUGGGUGCAAAGUCUUGA